AUGGUCCCUGGCAACCUUGAAGAGAAAGUAGCAGAGAUAUAUUGGCUGUUUGCCCUCAAGGCAUUGGCAUUUUUAGAUAUGAUAAUUGGUACCUUCAGGCUCAACUUCUAUGUAAAAGCUGAGGACGCAGAGACCUUCAUUCAGUACAUUUUCCUUGUGACCCAGAUCCACAGCAAUGCGUGUUCAAGUGCAACAAGGAUGGACUCUGCAUACCCAGCCCUCCAGGGUCAGAGCCCUGAAAGCCUUGUGAAGCCCAAGGACACUGUGGUGUUGUGUGUCACACCAAGCAUAAGUGACAGUAGUGAACACAUUAGAGAUACGUUCGUCAGCUUGCUCCUUUCUGCCCAUGGAUGCCGCCAAAGAAGCAUCAUUAAAGUCUCUCUUCUCCCUGCCGUCCUAAGUCAGUCUCCUAAAGAGCCCGAACAGCUGCGGAAGCUCUUCAUUGGAGGGUUGAGCUUUAAAACAACUGAUGAGAGCCUGAGAAGCCAUUUUGAGCAAUGGGGAACGCUCAGGGACUGUGUGGUCGUGAGAUAUCCAAACACCAAGCGCACCAGGGGCUUUGGGUUUGUCACAUAUGCCACUGUGGAAGAGGUGGAUGCAGCCAUGAAUGCAAGGCCACACAAGGUGGAGGAAAGAGUUGUGGAACCAAAGAGAGCUGUCUCAACAGAUGAUUCUCAAAGACCAGGUGCCCACUUAACUGUGAAAAAGGUAUUUGUUGGUGGCAUUAAAGAAGACACUGAAGAACAGCACCUAAGAGAUUAUUUUCAACAGUUUGGAAAAAUGGAAGUGAUUGAAAUCAUGACUGACCAAGGCAGUGGCAAAAAAAAAAAAAAAAAGCGGGGGAGGGCGUUUGCCUUUGUAACCUUUGACGACCAUGGCUCCGUGGAUAAGACUGUCAUUCAGAAAUACCAUACUGUGAAUGGCCACAACUGUGAAGUUAGGAAAGCCCUGUCAAAGCAAGAGAUGGCUAGUGCUUCAUCCAGCCAAAGAGGAAGUGGUUCUGGAAACUUUGGUGGCGGUCAUGGAGGUGGUUUUGGUGGGAAUGACAACUUUGGUUGUGGAGGAAACUUUAGUGGUCAUGGUGGCUUUGGUGGCAGCCAUGGUGUUGGUGGAUAUGGUAGCAGUGGGGAUGGUUAUAAUGGGUUUGGUAAUUAUGGUGGUUAUGGAGGAGGUGGCCCUGGUUACUCUGGAGGAAACAGAGGCUAUGGAAGUGGGGGACAGGGUUAUGGAAACCAGGGCAGUGGCUAUGGCGGGAGUGGCAGCUGUGACAGCUAUAACAACGGAGGCAGAGGCAGCUUUGGCGGUGGUAGUGGAAGCAAUUUUGGAGGUGGUGGAAGCUACAAUGAUUUGGGCAAUUACAACAAUCAGUUUUCAAAUGUUGGACCCAUGAAGGGAGGAAAUUUUGGAGGCAAAAGCUCUGGCCCCUGUGGCAGUGGAGGCCAAUACUUUGCCAAACCACGAAACCAAGGUGGCUAUGGCGGUUCCAGUAGCAGCAGUAGCUAUGCCAGUAGCAGAAGAUUUUAAUUAGGAAACAAAGCUUAGCAGGAGAGGAGAGCCACAGAAGAGACAGGGAAGCUACAGGUUAUAACAGGUUUGUGAACUCAGCCAAGCACAGUGGUGGCAGGGCCUAGCUGCUACAACGAAGACAUGUUUUAGACAAAUACUGAUGUGUAUGGGCAAAAAACUCGAGGACUAUAUUUGUGACUAAUUGUAUAACAGUUUAUUUUAGUUUCUGUUCUGUGGAAAGUGUAAAGCAUUCCAACACAGGGUUUUAAUGUAGAUUUUUUUUUGCACCCAUGCUGUUGAUUGCUAAAUGUAAUAGUCUGAUCGUGACGCUGAAUAAAAA